AACGCAGUAUAUUCAACCAUUAUGGCAACGACACAAUCUCAGCGUAGCGGAUCUGACGCCGCCGUACCCGCAACAUUCUCGUACGCUCAGGCUGCGAAAGGUCUUUCGGCGCCCCCAUCCGCCGCCGCCAGCAAACCAACGUCAGGUUCCGCGACGCCAGCCAAGGAUUCGCAAAUCACCAUGUCUCCUUCCGCCGCAGGUGCCAUGAGCUGGGCAGACGAUGCCGAAGCAAACGACACCCCGUCCGAAACUGCCUCCAGCUCGCGUGAAACCCGCACAGAGCAACCGGUCGCUCCUCCGAAGGAGCCAGCGACCACGCCCCAGGCACCGACUGAGACCUUGUUGUCGUCUCCGAAUCUUAGUGCUUCUAGUGCUUCUACAGUUACUAAGGACGACGAUGUCUCCUCGAUACCCAACACGUCUUCGGAUUCUACGUGGGAGAACAAAUCCCAGGCCUCUACCUCGAUCGAGAAAUCGGCCGAUACUGUAGAGAAACCUUCAGGAAAGGGUGAAGGUAAAAAGGGCAAAGGUAAGGGUGCUGCUGAACGGGUUCCUGCGAAGCCUUUACAAGAAGCGCCUGUUCCUAUGGUGAACAUCUGGAAACAGCGUGCCGAGGAAGCCAAGGCCAAAGUUGUCCAACGGCCAGCCGCAGCCAAGCCUACUCCCGGAGCCAAUGGCACGCCUCAAGCCUCUGUUUCUUCUGCAAAGCAGACAAAGACUGUUGCCUCCUUGGAUGCUGUACACCCUACGGAAAAGGGUACCGAUGGCAAAGGCAAGGAAGAUGAGAAAGCGAAUCAAAAUCGCAAAGAUAUCAGAUUAGAAGGCGACAAUGAUAAGACGAAGAAGAGCGCCAAAGGCCGGCCUCAAGAGAAAGAUUCGAGACCCAUAUCGACAGCUCUACCUCUACCGCCGGUCCGUGACCAGGAAGCCUGGCCGACUCCAGAUACUGCCGUUGACGAGGAGCGCAAAAAGGCCAGCGAAAAGGCUGAAAAAGUUACCGAGAAGACAGAGCAAGAGUCGAAAGACAAUGCCACGGCAAAGACCAAGUGGAGCAAGCUUCCCAUCAACCCGACGGUUGUAUUCAAUACUCCUAUGCCCAAUGGUACCUCUUCACGUAGAGGUGGGCGUGGGCCUGGUCGCGGAGGAGCUCAGGCUGGUGGACGAGGCUUCGAUGCAAGCAAUGCUUCCCACACUGAGAGGAACGGGCCCGGGGCAGCAACACCUGUGGCAAAUGGCGAGCAGUCGAAGCGUGGCCGGACUGAUGGACUUCCUCGUGACGCUUCACAAGAGAAACGAACAGUUAGUGUUGGAUCCAAUUCCAAGGAGAAAGCGCCCGCGUCCAGCAACGAGCAUGCUUCAAAGGCGCCGGGACUUGAUGGAGAAACCUCGUCUAAACGAUCCGGCGACUCUGUGCCCAAUUCUCAGCCUUCUGGUCAGAACAACACCUACCCUCGCCAGUUUCCAGCAAACCGUUCCGGAAAGGGUAGGAGAGGUGACUUCUCUGGUCAAGAGCGACGAAGAGACGGUGAUUCAUCAUCACCUGUGAAAGAAAACGGCACCUUCAAUGGUCGCGGAAACGCCGUCACCCAAGCAGAAGCUCAACAUGACGGCGACCGACGGUCCUCUGCGUUCGGUGAGGGUCAUGCGCCACACCCAUCAAAACGGGGCAACGACCGUCAAUUCGGAGGCUUCUCUGGUCGUGAGCGCACACGGGGUGGCGGUCGAGGUGGACGAGGAAAUUUCCAAAACGGCCACCAGUACGCCAAUGGUCACAGUGCCUCUGCAAAGGGCUCCGGGUUUUCCGGCCCAAUGUCUCCUACGUUCCACCCUGACCCGAACGCUUACUUUACUCCGUCCCAAGGGAGGUUUCGAAACGGACCUCGCUCGCAAUCAGUAUCGAACUCAAGUGACAAUAUGUUUCACCGUAUGUCUGCUCCAUAUGCGGGCCCUCCUCCAAUCCAAACGUUCAACAUGGCGUACGAGUAUCCUGUGGCACCUCCUCUAAGCGCUGUACCAUUUGGUCAGUACGCGAUGGAUCCAAUGUCGUUGUUUCCCAUGGUCGCUAUGCAGUUGGAGUACUACUUUUCUUUGGAGAAUCUACUGAAGGACAUGUACCUUCGUAGACACAUGGAUGGCCAAGGGUUCAUCUUUCUCAACAUCAUUGCUGAGUUCAAUCGAAUCAAGCAGCUCACAACUGAUGUGGAGCUCAUCAAGGCGGUCUGCUACCAGUCGAGGACCAUCGAAUUCCUCAUUGGUCAAGACGGCAAGGACAGGCUGAGAGUUCGAGAAAAUUGGGUUAAAUGGGUGUUGCCGGCCCACGAGCGUGAUCCUUCUGUGCGGAAUGACGGGCCCGAAGAGACCUACAACCCCCCUCUGCCGCAUCCACAAGAGCUCGACCCUAACGCCGCUCCCCGAUAUCCGGACACAGCCGUUAACGAAAACAUGUAUGCGUCCACGAGCGGCUUCCAGCCUGGUGCAACCCAUCACGUGACUGGGCAGUUCAGCAAGAACUUGUCCAAUGGUAUACCUGCUGAAGGUGUCAACGGCGAUGCCGUUCCGAAUGUCGACCCUGCGACGAAGGCUGUGAGUUUCGAACCCGAUUCUUUUUCCGACGAGCAAGUCGAGAGCUUGACUGUCAUUGUCCGAAAAAAUGAUCAGUCUGCGCUAUCUGCCUUGCCUCCUUCUACUGAUCGAACUUUUUCUAACUGGUCUGUUGACAGUAGGAGCGGCAUAACGGGCGAGUUUGAUAAUGUGACCCUGAAUGGCGCUGGUCCAUCCUCGGGGGUUGAGCAAACAUUACGAGGUGAAGCCUGGACGACAAAGAACAUAACCCCCUUGCCAACGCCAUCAACAACACCAAUUCCUCUUCCUCUAUAUUGGGUCAAAAACAACGAUAUGCCCGUACACACCUUGCCCCCGGAUUCUACGCAUGAAUCAUAUAUGUUUCUUCGUUCAAAAGCACUCCAGCAACGUCAGAAAAUGGUCUCGAGUUCCUUUCCAUAUGACAUGGACGUUCUUUACCAAUUCUGGAGUCAUUUUCUUGUCCGCAAUUUCAAUACCAGAAUGUACGACGAAUUCCGACAUUUUGCUUUCGAAGAUGCUGCCAAUAACUAUUCGGAAAUCGGUCUGAGAAAUCUGCUUCAAUUCUACAGGGAGUCGUUGUUAUCCCCUCAUAGCGUUGUUCCACAGCACAUCAUCUGCGACUAUAUUGGGCUUGUGCUACCGGAAGGCAGGCUCCAAGAUGAGGCUUUCCAACAACUGCGCUGA